AUGUACGCGCCAUUCGAAGAGCAGCGGAGCGACGGGCAAAGAGUAUUAUUCUCUGAGGACUUUAAACGGCUCUGCUGGCCUCUCAGCGGCACGUUCCCAACCGCGCUGUCUGUUAUGAAGACCAUGCGUGGUGCCUUGCAAGAGAUGGAGCCCCUGCAGCGCGGAAAUGGAACAUGGCAUGAAAUUGCGUUUCUACCGCUGACGCAACCGAAGGUCUCGUCUAUCAAUGCUUACGUUCCCAUGUUGGAUGAGUAUGAAGGGAACUGGGUAGCGUGGCAUAGGGACCACGAGGAAGCCGAGUAUGUGGCAAAUUGGAACUUGGAUGACCAUACGCGGCCGUAUGGCAAGCAAGAAGAAGAUUGCACCUCGGAAACGGAUUCAUUUAUAGGUUAUAUCGCGAGCUGCUGUGGCCAGAACAGACCGGAGUAUAAAGCCCGUCUGACAGUGCAGGUAAAGCCGGCCGCUGGCAAGGAAUUCGUUACGAUACAUGACUACCUGUCUGUGGUGCAUCCGUGGAUGAUGAGUCUCCGCGAGGAUAUUAUACAAGCUAUGACUGUUAGGGGAGACGGAACGGACAUAGCACUUGAGUCCGCGCGCGCUAUGGACUGGAAGAUUUCCAUGAGGCUAGAAGGAGGUUGCUCCUGGCGGCAGGCACGUCGAGGGAUUUAA